AUAUAGUGCUCAGGAUGGAUCAGGACGCCAUUCUUGUCAAGGAUGUUGAACAAGCCAGGGCUAUAUCGCGUGAACUCGGCAGGAGGAUCAACACCGUGGCAAGAAAUGGGAGGUGUUAUGAGAAGAAUGGCAUGGUUAUUGUUGAUUUGCCGGUUUCUAAAGCUAAAAAUGUUCGAAAGAUGCAGUGAAGGGGAUGAUUAAGAAGAAGAAUGAGUUGAUUGAUAGUAGUUUUUUAUGCCAGAGGCAAAUUAUGAAGAAAUCUGAUGAAGCUAAGUGUAGAUUGAAGAGAUUGUUGACUGCAAAUACAAGUCGGGGAAAACUUGAACAAAUUGAGUUGGAAUUAAAGAAGAUUUCGAUGGAGAAGAGUCAGUUACAGGCGGAAUUAUCCCAAAAAGAAGUUGAGAUAAAUGAACUUAAAAAUGAAUUAAACUCUAUUGGGGAACAAAGUGAAGUUUCCAAGCGUAUUACCGAUGAAAUAUUUGCUGGUUUUUGCGAGAAAUAUGGAUUUGCAAACGUGGAACAAUUCAAAAACUCGUUGGAGAAUAACCGGGCGAAGCAAGUUAAGGAAUUGAAGUCUCUCCAGGCUAAAGAAGGUGAUUUGAAGAAAGUGUUAGAGACUAUACAGGAAGAAAUCACCAAACAUGCCUCAGCAAUUAUUGCACGUCAAGAAAAUAUUCAACAGAUGCAGAAUUAUCAACAAGAAGUGCAAAGUGAAUUGCAAAAAAACGAAAAAAUGCACACUGAAAUGGUAAAGAAGCUCCGUGAUUUGUAUGCUUUCAAGGCGACAAGGGAGAAUCCUUUGAGAGAGUUACGCAAUGAAGUGUUGCAGCUGCACACUAGGAAAUCUGAAGUGGAUAAUGCGAUUGAAGUUCUUAACGAGGGUAUCAUUGCUACGCAAAUUGAGAUUGAGACUGUGAAGGGGAAUCUCGAGCGACAUUAUCAAAAAUGCAGGAGUAAAAAUAUAGUCCUCCCGACAAUAUCCCAAGGAGAAACAGAAGAAUACGAUUAUGAUCAACUUCCACUCGCACUCCUGACAACAAUGACCAAAGAAGUCUACGAAGCAAAAGUACAAGAACUCAAAAAUGAAUUAAAAAGCAUCGAAGAUGAAAUCACAAGACUGGGUCCAAUACACCCUGGUGCAAUUGAAGAACGAGACACCUUUCAUCGUGAAUUUCUAGAAGCUGUCCAACAUUUGAAUGACUCCAUCGCAACACUCACAGAAUUAGAAAAAAAUGUACAAGAGUUGCAUAACCAACGCACAAAACGCCUUAACGAUUGUCUUCGCCACUUAUCAGACGCUGUUGAUAGAAUUUACAAAGAGUUAACACAUUCGCAAUCAGCGUGCGCGCAGAUUUUAGCUACAGAUCCAGACGCUCCUUAUUCUGGAGUCAUUUCAUACAUGUGCGCUGUGCCUAACAAACGCUACUCCCGAAUUGCUAACUUGUCGUCAGGUGAAAAAGUAUGGCGGCGUUGGCGUUGUUCUACGCGUUGAGAGAAUACAAACCAGCGCCGUUGUUUUUACUCGACGAGGUCGACGCUAGGCUCGAUCCGGAUAAUUUACUAAAGUUGGCUGAUUUUUUGCAUGCGCAUCGCGGUGAGGGUUUGCAGACUUUUGUUAUAACGCAUAAACCGCAACUGGCUAACCACGCCGAUGAGUUAAUGUCGGUGGUUGAAAGUGACGCGGUUGAGGGAAACCAAUUGGAACAACGUAUCAUGAGAUUGGAGCUCAGUGAUAAGUUUUAAACAACGUUGUUUCAUUGUUUCAUUACUUAUUUAUAGAAUAAAGUCGAU